AUCAUGAGCUUCUGUGUCUGUGUUCGGCCCUCCCUUAUAUAAUUGCUGCUUUACCUCUAUCAUUCAGCCCACUACCACCCACCACAUAUGGGAAUAAGCAGCAUGAAGGUGCACCAGUUCGCACGUGGACUCUGGGAACACGAACCCUCCCUCACUCUUGGCUGCACCAAACGCCUACGCCCUCUCGCUCCCAAACUGGCCAACACCACCGCAGGCGACACCACUACCACUGCCCUUGCUCCUUUCGACCUCAAGAGCUUCAUCAGACCUGAAAGUGGCCCUAGAAAACUAGGAUCCUCUGAUCAUCAGGAGAAGAAAGAUUCCCCCCACCCCCAGGUGGAGACGCACCCAGGAGGGACGCGUUGGAACCCAACGCAAGAACAGAUAGGAAUACUAGAAAUGCUGUAUAGGGGAGGCAUGCGCACUCCUAAUGCACAACAAAUAGAACAAAUAACAGCUCAGCUUGGCAAGUACGGCAAGAUAGAGGGCAAGAAUGUGUUUUACUGGUUCCAAAACCACAAAGCACGCGAGAGGCAGAAGCAAAAACGCAACAGCCUCGGCCUCAGCCAUUCUCCCAGAACACCAACUCCUGUAAUUACCAACCUGGGAGAAGUAGUAGGGGAAAGAGAGGAAGAUAGUCCGUACAAGAGAAAGUGUAGGAGCUGGGGAUUUGAUUGCUCGGUAGAAGAUAGUGUAGUUUGUAAGGCGGACGAAGUCGUGGAGGGAGGUAGAGGUAGAACUUUGGAGCUCUUCCCAUUACAUCCGGAAGGGAGAUGAGAGGAGAGAUGAUCAUGGAUCGAUGUGCUUACUUUGACAUUAUAUCAUGUGCUUUCCUUUAGGUUUAAUUCCUUCUUCUUUUUCUUAUUCGUUUCGGGAAAGAAGAAAGGCAAGCAAGUGUCUCUUUGUACUGAUCUAUCUCUCUCCCUCUCUAGAUCUCUGCUACCACUAGAUGCCUUUUGGAGCCAAAAGGGUUUGUCAAUUGUCACUAAGUGCUCUUUAUUUCAAGCUCUCUUUCUCUAUCUCUGGCGAUGGUGGGUGUCACUGUUUUGACCACAGGGACUUGAAAUGUUGAAUCGAAGCUUUUUUAGGUUAAAAGCGCGCGGGAAGCUAGAUAUGGACACUGAAGUCCACGCACCUUCUUCUUCUUCUUUUUUAACCUACUAAGAAGACUAUCAACUCUUCGUUUUGAUCUUGCAUUUCAAAAUUGGAAAAGAGAAACGUCCUCUAGCGCCAAUGUCAAAAAAUUAUAAUGUUAUAUAAUUCGCCACUUAUAUGACUUUCACA